UAUUAAGAGAGCAAAAAAUUGGCCUUUGUUGACAUAAGAAAAAAUCACUCCAAACGCUGAUAAUUUUGCUUAAUUAAAUUAUUGGGAAACCAUUAAGCUGGUUAUAUGAUGAACUGCUGAAAGUAUAUAUUAAAUAGAAAUAUCUGAGUGAAAACACACAUCGCUGUUGGAAUUGCAUUAAAGUGGUAAUUAACGCAAAAUGCAAUACAAUAUGGGAGCAAAGCUGUGCGCCAUACUAAUAAUUAUCUCUAUUUCAUUUAACAUUACUAUCCAAAAAACGACAGAAGUAAACCAGAACUGGAAAAACAAAACUAACAGCUACAUAUUGAAAAAUAAUACCACAGAAACUAAUAUUAAGGAAAAAGAAAAUACUGGAGGACACAAUCUUAAAAAUAUUUUAUCGGUAUCAGAAACAAUAAUAGCCUUGAAUUCUGCAAGGCGAAAACUACAUAUCAAAAAGAGAGAUAUAACAAAUAUAAUCGAGAAUAAAACAACAACAAACAAUGCUGAUUCGAUCACACAAGCCACCACUGAAAGCAUCGAAAAGGUAAAAGAUAUAACACACAAGGAUAUAGAUUUACACACAAAAUACUUAACAAAAACACCAAGAAAUUUGUUAAACGAUUAUAGCUCCAUAACAGGAAAUACUUUCGAUUCUGUAACAACUAAUGAUACAAAUAACGAAAAAAUUUCUUUUCUUUCACAAACCAUUUCUGAGUCGAAUGAAAAUAAAAAGAUUCAGAACUCAACAAUAGAACGCACAACGGAUAGUGAUAAGAUAUACAGAAGCAUAUCUAACAAUACUAACACAAGCGAAACUCCUUCUCCGUCCGAAACUACUUCCACAACUGAGUCCGAUGUGACAAGUGAUGAUAGUACAACAGUGAGUUCAACAAUUGAAAACGCAACUGAAAAUAGUCCUUCUUCUUCCGAAACUAUUUCUACAACUGAGUCUGAUGUGACAAACGAUGAUAGUACAACAGUGAAUUCAAUAAUUGAAAACACAACUGAAAAUACUGAAACUUCGCAGUCAAGUACGGAAACAAUCAAACCUUCUUCCACAACUGCGUCGUCAGAUAUCACCACCAGCGGUGUUCCUUCUACUUCGGAAUCUACGACUGUAUCCGUUGAUAAUAAUGCGACUAAAGUUUCAUCAACGGUAGACACCACAACCAGUACUGAGACAUCUACAAGCACGUUUAUCAGUACUACGAAGGGCGAAACACUUUCUCUGUCCGAAACUACUUCUACAACUGAGUCUGAGGUGACAAAUGAUGAUAGUACAACAGUGAGUUCAACAGUUGAAAACACACCUGAAAAUACUGAAACUUCGCAGUCAAGUAAGGAAACAAUCAAACCUUAUUCCACAACUGCAUUACCAGAUACCACCACCAGUGGCGUUCCUUCUACUUCGGAAUAUACGACAGCGUCUGUGAAUAAUAAUACGACUACAUCCUUAACAACAGAAGACUCCACAACUAGAAUUGAGACAUCCACAAGCACGUCUAUCAAUACUGCGAUAAGCGAAACUCCUUCUCCGUCCGAAACUACUUCUACAACUGAGUCAGAUGUGACAAAUGAUGAUAGUACAACAGUGAGUUCAACAAUUAAAAACACAACUAAAAAUAGUCCUUCCCCUUCCGAAACUACUUCUACAACUGAAUCUGAUGUGACAAAUGAUGAUAGUACAACAGUGAGUUCAAUAAUUAAAAACACAACUGAAAAUACUGAAACUUCGCAGUCAAGUACGGAAACAAUCAAACCUUCCUCCACAACUGCGUCGUCAGAUACCACCAUCAGCGGUGUUCCUUCUACUUCGGAAUCUACUACUGUAUCCGUUGAUAAUAAUACGACUAUAACCUCAACAAUAAAAGAACCCACAACCAUUACUGAGACAUCUACAAGCACGUCCACAAGUGAAACUUCUUCUCCAUCCGAAACUACUUUUUCAACUCAGUCUGAUGUGACAAAUGAUGAAAAUUCUGAAACUUCACAGUCAAGUAAGGAAACAAUCAAACCUUCCUUCACAACUGCGUCGUCAGAUACCAUCAUCAGCGGUGUUCCUUCUACUUCGGAAUCUACCACUGUAUCCGUUGAUAAUAAUACGACUAUAACCUCAACAAUUGAAGACUCCACAACCAGUACUGAGACAUCUACAAGCACGUCUAUCAAUACUUCCACAAGCGAAAAUCCCUCUCCGUCCGAAACUACUUCUACAACUGAGUCUGAUGUGACAAAUGAUGAUAGUACAACAGUGAGUUCAACAAUUAAAAACACAACUAAAACUAGUCCUUCUCCUUCCGAAACUACUUCUACAACUGAAUCUGAUGUGACAAAUGAUGAUAGUACAACAGUGAGUUCAACAAUUGAAAACAUAACUAAAAAUAGUCCUUCUCCUUCCGAAACUACUUCUACAACUGAGUCUGAUGUGACAAAUGAUGAUAGUACAACAGUGAAUUCAAUAAUUGAAAACACAACUGAAAAUACUGAAACUUCGCAGUCAAGUACGGAAACAAUCAAACCUUCUUCCACAACUGCGUCGUCAGAUAUCACCACCAGCGGUGUUCCUUCUACUUCGGAAUCUACGACUGUAUCCGUUGAUAAUAAUGCGACUAAAGUUUCAUCAACGGUAGACACCACAACCAGUACUGAGACAUCUACAAGCACGUUUAUCAGUACUACGAAGGGCGAAACACCUUCUCUGUCCGAAACUACUUCUACAACUGAGUCUGAGGUGACAAAUGAUGAUAGUACAACAGUGAAUUCAAUAAUUAAAAACACAACUGAAAAUACUGAAACUUCACAGUCAAGUACGGAAACAAUCAAACUUUCCUUCACAACUGCGUCGUCAGAUACCACCAUCAGUGGUUAUUCUUCUAUUUCAGAACCUACGACUGUGUCCGCUGAUAAUAAUACGACUAUAACCUUAACAACAGAAGACUCCACAACCAGUACUGAGACAUCCACAACCAAGUCUAUUAAUACUACCACAAGCAAAGUUCUUUCUACGUCCGAAACUACUUCAACAACUGAGUCUGAUGUGACAAAUGAUGAUAGUACAACAGUGAAUUCAAUAAUUGAAAACACACCUGAAAAUACUGAAACUUCGCAGUCAAGUACGGAAACAAUCAAACCUUCUUCCACAACUGCGUCGUCAGAUACCACCAUCAGCGGUGUUCCGUCUACUUCGGAAUCUACGACUGUAUCCGGAGAUAAUAAUACGACUAUAGUCUCAACAACAGAAGACACCACAACCAGCACUGAGACAUCCACAGCCACGUCUAUCAAUACUAGGAAGGGCGAAACUCCUUCUCCAUCCGAAACAAAAUCUACAACUGAGUCUGAUGUGACAAAUGAUGAUAGUACAACAGUGAGUUCAACAGUUGAAAACACAACUGAAAAUACUGAAGCUUCGCAGUCAAGUACGGAAACAAUCAAACCUUCCUCCACAACUGCGUCGUCAGAUACCACCAUCAGCGGUGUUCCUUCUACUUCGGAAUCUACUACUGUAUCCGUUGAUAAUAAUACGACUAUAACCUCAACAACAGAAGACUCCACAACCAGUACUGACACAUCUACAAACACGUCUAUCAAUACUUCCACAAGCGAAAAUCCCUCUCCGUCCGAAACUACUUCUACAACUGAGUCUGAUGUGACAAAUGAUGAUAGUACAACAGUGAGUUCAACAAUUAAAAACACAACUAAAAAUAGUCCUUCCCCUUCCGAAACUACUUCUACAACUGAGUCUGAUGUGACAAAUGAUGAUAGUACAACAGUAAAUUCAAUAAUUAAAAACACAACUGAAAAUACUGAAACUUCGCAGUCAAGUACGGAAACAAUCAAACCUUCCUCUACAACUGCAUUACCAGAUACCACCACCAGCGGUGUUCCUUCUACUUCGGAAUCUAUGACUGUAUCCGGUGAUAAUAAUACGACUAUAACCUCAACAACAGAAGACACCACAACAAGUACUGAGACAUCUACAAGCACGUCUAUCAAUAUUUCCAAAAGCGAAACUCCUUCACCGUCCGAAACUACUUCUACAACUGAGUCUGAUGUGACAAAUGAUGAUAGUACAACAGUGAGUUCAACAAUUGAAAACACAACUAAAAAUAGUCCUUCUCCUUCCGAAACUACUUCUACAACUGAAUCUGAUGUGACAAAUGAUGAUAGUACAACAGUGAAUUCAACAAUUGAAAGCACAGCUGAAAAUACUGAAACUUCGCAGUCAAGUACGGAAACAAUCAAACCUUCCUCCACAACUGCGUCGUCAGAUACCACCACCAACGGAGCUCUUUCUACUUCGAAAUCUACUACUGUAUCCGUUGAUAAUAAUACGACUAUAACCUCAACAACAGAAGACUCCACAACCAGUACUGACACAUCUACAAACACGUCUAUCAAUACUUCCACAAGCGCAAAUCCCUCUCCGUCCGAAACUACUUCUACAACUGAGUCUGAUGUGACAAAUGAUGACAGUUCAACAGUGAGUUCAACAGUGAGUUCAACAGUUGAAAACACAACUGAAAAUACUGAAACUUCGCAGUCAAGUAAGGAAACAAUCAAACCUUAUUCCACAACUGCGUUACCAGAUACCACCACCAGUGGCGUUCCUUCUACUUCGGAAUAUACGACAGCGUCUGUGAAUAAUAAUACGACUACAUCCUUAACAACAGAAGACUCCACAACUAGUAUUGAGACAUCCACAAGUACGUUUAUCAAUACUACGAUAAGCGAAACUCCUUCUCCUUCCGAAACUACUUCUACACUUGAGUCUUAUGUGACAAAUGGUGAUAGUACAACAGUGAAUUCAAUAAUUGAAAACACAACUGAAAAUACUGAAACUUCGCAGUCAAGUAAGGAAACAAUCAAACCUUCUUCCACAACUGCGUCGUCAGAUACCACCAUCAGCGAUGUUCCGUCUACUUCGGAAUCUACGACUGUAUCCGGAGAUAGUAAUACGACUAUAGUCUCAACAACAGAAGACACCACAACCAGCACUGAGACAUCCACAACCACGUCUAUCAAUACUACGAUAAGCGAAACUCCUUCUCCGUCCGAAACUACUUCCACAACUGAGUCUGAUGUGACAAAUGAUGAUAGUACAACAGUAAAUUCAAUAAUUAAAAACACAACUGAAAAUACUGAAACUUCGCAGUCAAGUACGGAAACAAUCAAACCUUCCUCCACAACUGCGUCGUCAGAUACCACCAUCAGCGGUGUUCCUUCUACUUCGGAAUCUACUACUGUAUCCGUUGAUAAUAAUACGACUAUAACCUCAACAACAGAAGACUCCACAACCAGUACUGAGACAUCCACAAGCACGUCUAUCAAUGCUACGAUAAGCGAAACUCCUUCUCCGUCCGAAACUACUUCUACACCUGAGUCUGAUGUGACAAAUGAUGACAGUUCAACAGUGAGUUCAACAGUGAGUUCAACAGUUGAAAACACACCUGAAAAUAUUGAAACUUCGCAUUCAAGUACGGAAAUAAUCAAACCUUACUCUACAACUGCAUUACCAGAUACCACCACCAGUGGCGUUCCUUCUACUUCAGAAGCUACGACAGCGUCUGUGACUAAUAAUACGACUACAUCCUUAACAACAGAAGACUCCACAGCUAGUAUUGAGACAUCCACAAGUACGUUUAUCAAUACUACGAUAAGCGAAACUCCUUCUCCUUCCGAAACUACUUCUACACUUGAGUCUGAUGUGACAAAUGGUGAUAGUACAACAGUAAAUUCAAUAAUUAAAAACACAACUGAAAAUACUGAAACUUCGCAGUCAAGUACGGAAACAAUCAAACCUUCCUCCACAACUGCGUCGUCAGAUACCACCAUCAGCGGUGUUCCUUCUACUUCGGAAUCUACUACUGUAUCCGUUGAUAAUAAUACGACUAUAACCUCAACAACAGAAGACUCCACAACCAGCACUGAGACAUCCACAACCACGUCUAUCAAUACUAGGAAGGGCGAAACUCCUUCUCCAUCCGAAACUACUUCUACACCUGAGUCUGAUGUGACAAAUGAUGAUAGUACAACAAGGAGUUCAACAAUUGAAAACACACCUGAAAAUACUGAAACUUCGCAGUCAAGUACGGAAACAAUCAAACCUUCCUCCACAUCUGCGUCGUCAGAUACCACUAUCAGCGGUGUUCCUUCUACUUCGGAAUCUACUACUGCAUCCGGUGAUAAUAAUACGACUAUAACCUUAACAACAGAAGACACCACAACCAGUACUGAGACAUCCACAAGCACGUCUAUCAAUGCUACGAUAAGCGGAACUCCUUCUCCGUCCGAAGCAACAUCAACAACUGAGUCUGAUGUGACAAAUGAUGAUAGUACAACAGUGAGUUCAACAGUUGAAAACACACCUGAAAAUACUGAAACUUCGCAGUCAAGUAAGGAAACAAUCAAACCUUACUCCACAACUGCAUUACCAGAUACCACCACCAGUGGCGUUCCUUCUACUUCGGAAUAUACGACAGCGUCCGUGUAUAAUAAUACGACUACAUCCUUAACAACAGAAGACACCACAACUAGAAUUGAGACAUCUACAAGCACGUCUAUCAAUACUACGAUAAGCGAAACUCCUUCUCCGUCCGAAACUACUUCUACACCUGAGUCUGAUGUGACAAAUGAUGAAAGUUCAACAGUGAGUUCAACAGUUGAAAACACAACUGAAAAUACUGUAACUUCGCAUUCAAGUACGGAAAUAAUCAAACCAUACUCCACAACUGCAUUACCAGAUACCACCACCAGUGGCGUUCCUUCUACUUCAGAAGCUACGACAGCGUCCGUGUAUAAUAAUACGACUACAUCCUUAACAACAGAAGACACCACAACUAGUAUCGAGACAUCUACAACCACGUCUAUCAAUACUACGAUAACCGAAACUCCUUCUCCGUCCGAAACUACUUCUACACCUGAGUCUGAUGUGACAAAUGAUGACAGUUCAACAGUGAGUUCAACAGUUGAAAACACACCUGAAAAUACUGAAACUUCGCAUUCAAGUACGGAAAUAAUCAAACCUUACUCCACAACUGCAUUACCAGAUACCACCACCAGUGGCGUUCCUUCUACUUCAGAAGCUACGACAGCGUCCGUGUAUAAUAAUACGACUACAUCCUCAACAACAGAAGACACCACAACUAGAAUUGAGACAUCCACAACCACGUCUAUCAAUACUACGAUAAGCGAAACUCCUUCUCCGUCCGAAACUACUUCUACACCUGAGUCUGAUGUGACAAAUGAUGACAGUUCAACAGUGAGUUCAACAGUGAGUUCAACAGUUGAAUACACACCUGAAAAUACUGAAACUUCGCAGUCAAGUAAGGAAACAAUCAAACCUUAUUCCACAACUGCGUUACCAGAUACCACCACCAGUGGCGUUCCUUCUACUUCAGAAGCUACGACAGCGUCCGUGUAUAAUAAUACGACUACAUCCUUAACAACAGAAGACACCACAACCAGUACUGAGACAUCCACAACCACGUCUAUCAAUACUACGAUAAGCGAAACUCCUUCUUCGUCCGGAACUACUUCUACAACUGAGUCUGAUGUGACAAAUGAUGAUAGUACAACAAGGAGUUCAACAAUUGAAAACACUACUGAAAAUACUGAAACUUCGCAGUCAAGUACGGAAACAAUCAAACCUUCCUCCACAUCUGCGUCGUCAGAUACCACUAUCAGCGGUGUUCCUUCUACUUCGGAAUCUACUACUGCAUCCGGUGAUAAUAAUACGACUAUAACCUCAACAACAGAAGACACCACAACCAGUACUGAGACAUCCACAAGCACGUCUAUCAAUGCUACGAUAAGCGGAACUCCUUCUCCGUCCGAAACAACAUCUACAACUGAGUCUGAUGUGACAAAUGAUGAUAGUACAACAGUGAGUUCAACAGUUGAAAACACACCUGAAAAUACUGAAACUUCGCAGUCAAGUAAGGAAACAAUCAAACCUUACUUCACAACUGCAUUACCAGAUACCACCACCAGUGGCGUUCCUUCUACUUCGGAAUAUACGACAGCGUCCGUGUAUAAUAAUACGACUACAUCCUUAACAACAGAAGACACCACAACUAGAAUUGAGACAUCCACAACCACGUCUAUCAAUACUACGAUAAGCGAAACUCCUUCUCCGUCCGAAACUACUUCUACACCUGAGUCUGAUGUGACAAAUGAUGAAAGUUCAACAGUGAGUUCAACAGUGAGUUCAACAGUUGAAAACACAACUGAAAAUACUGAAACUUCGCAUUCAAGUACGGAAAUAAUCAAACCUUACUCCACAACUGCAUUACCAGAUACCACCACCAGUGGCGUUCCUUCUACUUCAGAAGCUACGACAGCGUCUGUGUAUAAUAAUACGACUACAUCCUUAACAACAGAAGACUCCACAACUGGUAUUGAGGCAUCUACGAGCACGUCUAUCAAUACUACGAUAAGCGAAACUCCUUCUCCGUCCGAAACUACUUCUACACCUGAGUCUGAUGUGACAAAUGAUGACAGUUCAACAGUGAGUUCAACAGUUGAAAACACAACUGAAAAUACUGAAACUUCGCAUUCAAGUACGGAAAUAAUCAAACCUUACUCCACAACUGCAUCACCAGAUACCACCACCAGUGGCGUUCCUUCUACUUCAGAAGCUACGACAGCGUCCGUGUAUAAUAAUACGACUACAUCCUUAACAACAGAAGACACCACAACUAGUAUCGAGACAUCUACAAGCACGUCUAUCAAUACUACGAUAAGCGAAACUCCUUCUCCGUCCGAAACUACUUCUACACUUGAGUCUUAUGUGACAAAUGAUGAUAGUACAACACUGAGUUCAACAAUUGACAACACUACUGAAAAUACUGAAACUUCGCAGUCAAGUACGGAAACAAUCAAACCUUCCUCCACAUAUGCGUCGUCAGAUACCACUAUCAGCGGUGUUCCUUCUACUUCGGAAUCUACUACUGCAUCCGGUGAUAAUAAUACGACUAUAACCUCAACAACAGAAGACACCACAACCAGUACUGAGACAUCCACAAGCACGUCUAUCAAUACUACGAUAAGCGGAACUCCUUCUCCGUCCGAAACAACAUCUACAACUGAGUCUGAUGUGACAAAUGAUGAUAGUACAACAGUGAGUUCAACAGUUGAAAACGCACCUGAAAAUGCUGAAACUUCGCAGUCAAGUAAGGAAACAAUCAAACCUUACUCCACAACUGCAUUACCAGAUACCACCACCAGUGGCGUUCCUUCUACUUCAGAAGCUACGACAGCGUCCGUGUAUAAUAAUACGACUACAUCCUUAACAACAGAAGACACCACAACUAGAAUUGAGACAUCCACAACCACGUCUAUCAAUACUACGAUAAGCGAAACUCCUUCUCCGUCCGAAACUACUUCUACACCUGAGUCUGAUGUGACAAAUGAUGAAAGUUCAACAGUGAGUUCAACAGUUGAAAACACACCUGAAAAUACUGAAACUUCGCAGUCAAGUAAGGAAACAAUCAAACCUUAUUCCACAACUGCGUUACCAGAUACCACCACCAGUGGCGUUCCUUCUACUUCAGAAGCUACGACAGCGUCCGUGUAUAAUAAUACGACUACAUCCUUAACAACAGAAGACACCACAACCAGUACUGAGACAUCCACAACCACGUCUAUCAAUACUACGAUAAGCGAAACUCCUUCUUCGUCCGGAACUACUUCUACAACUGAGUCUGAUGUGACAAAUGAUGAUAGUACAACAAGGAGUUCAACAAUUGAAAACACUACUGAAAAUACUGAAACUUCGCAGUCAAGUACGGAAACAAUCAAACCUUCCUCCACAUCUGCGUCGUCAGAUACCACUAUCAGCGGUGUUCCUUCUACUUCGGAAUCUACUACUGCAUCCGGUGAUAAUAAUACGACUAUAACCUCAACAACAGAAGACACCACAACCAGUACUGAGACAUCCACAACCACGUCUAUCAAUACUACGAUAAGCGAAACUCCUUCUCCGUCCGAAACUACUUCUACACUUGAGUCUUAUGUGACAAAUGAUGAUAGUACAACACUGAGUUCAACAAUUGACAACACUACUGAAAAUACUGAAACUUCGCAGUCAAGUACGGAAACAAUUAAACCUUCCUCCACAUAUGCGUCGUCAGAUACCACUAUCAGCGGUGUUCCUUCUACUUCGGAAUCUACUACUGCAUCCGGUGAUAAUAAUACGACUAUAACCUCAACAACAGAAGACACCACAACCAGUACUGAGACAUCCACAAGCACGUCUAUCAAUGCUACGAUAAGCGGAACUCUUUCUCCGUCCGAAACAACAUCUACAACUGAGUCUGAUGUGACAAAUGAUGAUAGUACAACAGUGAGUUCAACAGUUGAAAACACACCUGAAAAUACUGAAACUUCGCAGUCAAGUAAGGAAACAAUCAAACCUUACUCCACAACUGCAUUGCCAGAUACCACCACCAGUGGCGUUACUUCUACUUCGGAAUAUACGACAGCGUCCGUGUAUAAUAAUACGACUACAUCCUUAACAACAGAAGACACCACAACUAGAAUUGAGACAUCCACAACCACGUCUAUCAAUACUACGAUAAGCGAAACUCCUUCUCCGUCCGAAACUACUUCUACACCUGAGUCUGAUGUGACAAAUGAUGAAAGUUCAACAGUGAGUUCAACAGUGAGUUCAACAGUUGAAAACACAACUGAAAAUACUGAAACUUCGCAUUCAAGUACGGAAAUAAUCAAACCUUACUCCACAACUGCAUUACCAGAUACCACCACCAGUGGCGUUCCUUCUACUUCAGAAGCUACGACAGCGUCUGUGUAUAAUAAUACGACUACAUCCUUAACAACAGAACACUCCACAACUAGUAUUGAGGCAUCUACAAGCACGUCUAUCAAUACUACGAUAAGCGAAACUCCUUCUCCAUCCGAAACUACUUAUACACCUGAGUCUGAUGUGACAAAUGAUGACAGUUCAACAGUGAGUUCAACAGUGAGUUCAACAGUUGAAAACACACCUGAAAAUACUGAAACUUCGCAUUCAAGUACGGAAAUAAUCAAACCUUACUCCACAACUGCAUUACCAGAUACCACCACCAGUAGCGUUCCUUCUACUUCAGAAGCUACGACAGUGUCCGUGUAUAAUAAUACGACUACAUCCUUAACAACAGAAGACACCACAACUAGUAUCGAGACAUCUACAAGCACGUCUAUCAAUACUACGAUAAGCGAAACUCCUUCUCCUUCCGAAACUACUUCUACACUUGAGUCUUAUGUGACAAAUGAUGAUAGUACAACAAGGAGUUCAACAAUUGACAACACUACUGAAAAUACUGAAACUUCGCAGUCAAGUACGGAAACAAUCAAACCUUACUCCACAACUGCAUUACCAGAUACCACCACCAGUGGCGUUCCUUCUACUUCAGAAGCUACGACAGCGUCCGUGUAUAAUAAUACGACUACAUCCUUAACAACAGAAGACACCACAACUAGAAUUGAGACAUCCACAACCACGUCUAUCAAUACUACGAUAAGCGAAACUCCUUCUCCGUCCGAAACUACUUCUACACCUGAGUCUGAUGUGACAAAUGAUGAAAGUUCAACAGUGAGUUCAACAGUUGAAAACACAACUGAAAAUACUGAAACUUCGCAUUCAAGUACGGAAAUAAUCAAACCUUACUCCACAACUGCAUUACCAGAUACCACCACCAGUGGCGUUCCUUCUACUUCAGAAGCUACGACAGCGUCUGUGUAUAAUAAUACGACUACAUUCUUAACAACAGAAGACUCCACAACUAGUAUUGAGGCAUCUACAAGCACGUCUAUCAAUACUACGAUAAGUGAAACUCCUUCUCCGUCCGAAACUACUUCUACACCUGAGUCUUAUGUGACAAAUGAUGAUAGUACAACAGUGAGUUCAACAAUUGAAACCACAACUGAAAAUACUGAAACUUCGCAGUCAGGUACGGAAACAAUCAAACCUUCCUCCACAACUGCAUUACCAGAUACCACCACCAGCGGUGUUCCUUCUACUUCGGAAUCUACGACAGCGUCUGUUGAUAAUAAUACGACUAUAACCUCAACAAUUGAAGACUCCACAACCAGUACUGAGACAUCCACAACCACGUCUAUCAAUACUACGAUAAGCGAAACUCCCUCUCCUUCCGAAACUACUUCUACACCUGAGUCUGAUGUGACAAAUGAUGAUAGUACAACAGUGAGUUCAACAGUUGAAAACACACCUGAAAAUACUGAAACUUCGCAGUCAAGUACGGAAACAAUGAAACCUUCCUCCACAUCUGCGUUACCAAAUACCACCAUCAGCGGUGUUCCUUCUACUUCGGAAUCUACGACUGUAUCCGGUGAUAAUAAUACGACUAUAGCCUCAACAACAGAAGACAUCACAACUAGUAUUGAGACAUCUUCAAGCACGUCUAUCAUUACUUCCACAAGCGAAACUACCUCUCCAUCCGAAACUACUUCUACAACUGAGUCUGAUGUGACAAAUGAUGAUAGUACAACAGUCAGUUCAACAAUUGAAAACACAACUGAAAAUACUGAAAAUUCGCAGUCAAGUACGGAGACAACCACAUCUUCCACUACAAAUGCGUUACCAAAUACCACCACCAGCGGUUUUACUUCUCCUUCGGAAACUAUAAGUUCAACAUCAAGCACAUCUAGAAGCACUCAAGUAGUCACAACAUUCCCGAAUGUUGAGUUUACUUCCAGUAGUACAAGUAAAAUUCCAAUUUCUUUAGAAACCACAUCUCAGGUAAGCGUUGAUAAAACUGUUGGAACAAAAGUAACUCCUUCUGCUCAAACUGUUGUAACAAGUUCUGUGUCUCCUGUCUAUACUACAACGAAAUCGUCGCUGGAUUGUAAAAAUGGAGCUGACUAUUUGCCACAUCCGGACGACUGUAGAAAGUUUGUACAAUGCUCUAAUGGUAUAGGUUAUAUAAUGUCAUGCCCAUCUCCAUUGUUUUGGAAUGCUAAAGGAAAGUUUUGCGGAUGGAGUAAAAGUGACUGCGAUCUACCGAAAACGACCAAGUCGCACUACGUAACGACUUCAACUGAAAGACCUCAUAAAACGUGUACAAAUGGAGCUGACUUCUUGCCAGUGCCAGAUGAUUGUCACAAGUAUAUACAAUGUGCUAAUGGUGAAUCCAUUGUUAUGCAGUGUCCUGCUUCAUUAUACUGGGAUCAAACAACUAAGACAUGUGGUUGGAGCAAUAAGAAUUGUGUGCACAAAACAGGUAGAACUCAAAGUCGUUGCAUUGGUGGGCAAAAAUAUUUAACUGUCGAUACCGAAUGUAAAAGUUAUAUUAAAUGUGAAAAUGGUAAUGAGAUAACAUUAAGAUGUCAGCAAAAUUUGUAUUGGAACCAACUGCUAGAAACUUGCACCCGAAAGAAGGCUUUAAAAUGUGGUAACUAGUAAGUUUAUAAUUAUUAAAUAAGUUUAGCAUAGUUUCAGGGCGUUAACAUACUAUUGGCUUUAAUUGAUUAAUUCAACUUUGUUAUCUAGGUUCUUUACAAUAAUUUCUGUUUGAUGUAAAGUUCAAGGUUUUAUAUUAACAAUUACAAUUUAUCUGUAAUCAAAGCAAGUUUGUAAUGAUAAGAAGUAAAUGCUUUAACUGGCUUUGAAAAAUAUAAAUACCAACGAUAUUUUAUUUAAAUCUUAGUUAUUGCACAUUUGACGCAAGAGCUUUACUUGCCCCAUAAAUAAAUUUGUAAAAUGAAAG